GGAUAACCUCGCCUUGUGCAGUGGAGUGAGCUUAUUCCAUUCUCGUCAGUAGUAAAUUGCUAUGUGUCAUCAUCGGCGAGAUACGCUCAGUCAUAAUGUACUUUUGCAUUCUAAUAAACCGCCGUUCUUCCGGUUCGGGUCUUUCCAGACAUGCUCUGUGCCACUGUCACUCUAGAGAAGAGAAACAGUCCAUACGAUGAAGCUAGAUGCUGCGAGACUCAUUCGCGCCGUCGAGAUCAAGGACGAUAACUACAGCGGCGCUGUCACUAACAAAUGGAGUAACCCGGACAUCCUGCCCCUGCCCCCGUCUCGCCGGCGCUGGGGAUAUAGCGAUUACCUGUUCUUCUUGUCCAUCUCUAACCUGUGCAUCUCCACCUGGACGACUGCUUCGUCGCUCCUAUCCCUAGGCCUCUCCGUCGGAGAGACACUGGGAGUCAUCGUCGUAUCCAAUGCUGCCAUCGCCGGUCUGAUGCUGGCCAACGGCUGGAUUGGUGGCCGGUGGCAUAUCGGGUACACCGUUUCGCAGAGAAUCACCCUCGGCAUGGUCGGCGCGUACAUUGGCAUCGUGAUCCGAAUCGUCCUCUCCGUCGUCUGGUAUGCAUCGCAGGCUUGGCUGGGAGGACUCGCCAUCACCUGCAUCCUCGCCAGCUGGAGCCGUUCUUUUCUCACAAUGCACAACACUCUCCCUCAGAGCGCCCACAUGGUCACUCGCGACCUCACCGGGUUCACCAUCUUCCAGGUCAUCUCUCUUCCGCUCCUGUUCAUCCGUCCAGAACGCAUCCGCGGCCCCAUGGUCGUCUCCAACGUUGCCUCCUUCUUCGUCAUGCUCGGCAUCACCAUCUGGGCCUGCAGUAAAGGCGGCACAGGCCCCCUCAUGCACCAGGGUACCACCACCCACCCCGAUGGCAUGUCUCACGGCUGGGCCUGGGUGUAUGGUAUCACCUCGACCGUCGGCAGUCUCUGUGCUGGCAUUCUCAACCAAGCAGACUUCACCCGUUUCGUCCGCAGCCAGGGCAUCCAAGUCCCGGGAUCCCUUUUCUCCCCCUUAAUCCCCGGCAUCAUCGUGCCAGUCUUCGGCCUCCUAACUGCUUCCGCCUCCGUCACCAUCUACGGCGGCGAUCCCAUCUGGAACCCGCUCGACCUCGUCAUCAAAUGGCUCACGGUCGACUUCUCCGCAACCUCCCGCGCGGCCGCAUUUUUCUGCGGCCUCGGCUUCGCAAUCAGCCAGUUCUCGCAGAAUAUCGCCUCAAACGGCUACUCGGCCGGAAUGGACUUGUCCGGCCUGUUCCCAAAAUGGAUCAAUAUCCGUCGUGGAUCGAUCAUCUGCGCUCUGCUCUCAUGGGUCGUCCAGCCGUGGCUCUUCUACAAUACCUCCUCCGUCUUCAUGGCGACCAUGUCUUCGUUCUCCGUGUUUCUGGCCCCGCUGACCGGUAUCAUGAUCUGCGAUUACUACCUGCUCCGUCGUGGGCGGAUCGAGCUGAGUAACCUCUACACGCCCUCGAAAGAAGGCGCAUACUGGUACUCGAGUGGCUUCAAUUGGCGCGCUGUCAUCACCUGGAUUAUAGGCUUUGUGCCUGCUAUGCCGGGUAUGAUAGCCACGCUGAAUGGGCAUAUCACCGUUAGUCUCGGCGGGAUGCAGUAUUACUGGGGGAAUUAUAUUUUCGGCUUCUUCGAAGGCGUCAUCCUCUACUACGUCCUCAUGAAAAUCUUCCCCCCUCCCCGUGUCGGGUUGGUGGAUGAGAUCGAUGUCUACGGCACAUUCACUGAACCAGCGUCCAAGGUCGAUGGGCAGGAUGCCGAUACCGAGGCCAGUGGAAAUAGCAAUGGCAAUGGUAAUGCAGAUAAUAACGGUUAUGAUGGCAAGAAUCCCAAGGUGACUGCUUCGGUUUGAAUUAAUUUCAAUUUCCUUGUAUCUGUUUUUAUAUCUCGUUGGGUUAUUUGUUGGGUAGUGUGGACUUUAACUAUUAUCAAUAUACUAGAUGCUAAUACACAU